CUCGGUUGCCCCGGCCACCACCACGGUACUGGCUUCGGGUUCCGCGGUGAUUCCGCAGGCUUUGCCGUUGCAAGUUAAAAGGAAUGGGGGGGGGAUUACUGCAACUGUCUGUCCUGUCAUCGAAUGGGCAUCAUUUUCGGACUUCGACCGAAAGAAUCUGCAUGGGAGGUGGUGAAAAGAAGAAGCGUCGAGCCCGUCUUAAUGUACCACGGAGAUGAAGACUUGAAUAUCAUGAAGAUUCAAGAUCGAAAUAUCCACAGGAGCUUUGUUUUCGAAGUCAGCAGCAAUAGUGCGAAGUUGCGUUCAGUGACACGAAACGCCAUCAUAUUUGCACGUCAACAGUUACUGUCGGAAUUCUCCCAGAAGGGUUACAAUACUCUUAUGUUGGAAGGUUGGAUGUUGGCCAUAUACAAAAAGGAGAAACUUCACCGUAUCGAAAUACAGUAUACUGGCCGCCCCGCAUACGUUCGAGGGAAGUUUGAUGACACUAGAAGGCCACCAUUUAUGGAAGAGGUCCUGGCUGACUGUCUGCAGACUUGA